GGACAGAAUAUAAAUUUGACUGGCGUCUGAUUACACAUCCCAAAGAUUACAGCGGGGAGAUGGAAGGAAAACACAGCAAGACACUUAAACUCAGCAAGCUGACUGUGGGCCUGUAUGAGUUUGAGGUGACGGUGGAAGGGGACGGGGCUCACGGAGAGGGUUACGUCAAUGUGACAGUCAAACCAAAGCCGCGGGUAAACAAGCCGCCUGUUGCCAUAGUUUCCCCAAAGUUCCAGGAGAUUUCCCUGCCGACCAGCUCUACGGUGAUAGACGGCAGCCAGAGCACCGAUGAUGACAAGGUGGUUGCUUGGCUCUGGGAAGAGGUCAAAGGUCCGUUGAGGGAGGAGAAGGUCUCUGCCGACACCGCCAUCCUCACCCUCACCAACCUGGUGCCUGGGAACUACACGUUCAGUUUAACCGUGACAGACUCGGAUGGAGCCACAAACUCGACACAGGCCACCCUCUCUGUCAACAAAGCCAAGGACUACAGGCCUGUGGCCAAUGCCGGCCCAAACCAGGUCAUCCAGUUGCCACGGAACUCCAUCAUUCUGUACGGCAACCAAAGCACAGACGACCAUGAUUCCCUGUCUUAUGAGUGGUCCCUCAGCCCCGAGAGCAAAGACAAAGUGGUGGAGAUGCAGGGUGUACGGACACCGAUCCUGCAGCUGUCAGCAAUGCAGGAGGGAGACUACACCUUCCAGCUCACUGUGACAGACUCAUCCGGACAGCAGGACACCGCCCAGGUCACGGUCAUCGUGCAACCAGAAAACAAUAAAGCACCAGUUGCAGAUGCAGGACCAGAGAAAGAGCUGACGCUGCCGGUUGACCGAACCACACUGGACGGCAGUAAGAGCAGCGACGAUCAGAAGAUCGCCACCUACCUCUGGAAACAAACCAGCGGUCCGGCUGAUGUGAAGAUUGAGAACGCAGACACCGCCAUUGCCACGGUGACGGGCCUUGAGGUUGGCAAGUACGAGUUCACCCUGACAGUAACGGAUGACCGGAAGCUCAAGAACACCGACACUGUCACGGUUAUCAUCAGAGAAGAACUGGACCAACCGCCAGUUGCUCACGUCCUGUCGAGUCCACCUGUCUCGCUGCCGGCCAGGACCGCCACUCUGGACGGAUCUCACUCAACCGACGACAAAGGUGGCGUCACCUACCUGUGGACGAGAGACGACAGCAGCCCUGCCGCAGGAGACGUACUGAACAACUCUGACCACCAGGCAGUGCUGUUCCUGGGAAACCUCGUGGUUGGGAAGUACCAUUUCAAGCUGACAGUAACAGACAGCAAAGGACAGACCAGCACUGACAGGGGCACUUUGGAGGUCAAACCAGACAUGUGGGAACGUGACCUGGUGGAGCUGGUGUUGGAGGUGUCUGUAUCGCAGGUCUCCCACCGGCAGCGUGACAUGCUGCUGCGCCAGGUCGGGGUUUUACUGGGCGUGCUCGACAGCGACAUCAUAGUGCGAGAGAUCCGUGCGUAUAAUGAGCACAGUACUCGCUUGGUCUUCCUGGUGUCAGGCGGUCCGGGGCGCCCCCCUCUGUCUGGUCACAGCGUUGCACUUGGUCUACGCAAUAAACUGCGCAAACAGAAGAACGACUUCCUCAUUUACAAGGCACGACGUGUGGAUACAGUCAUCUGUCAGCUGAACUGCUCCGGACACGGCGAGUGUGACUCGUUCACGCGGCGAUGUGUCUGUCACCCUUUCUGGAUGGAGAACUUCAUCAGAGCUCAGCUCGGAGACGCAGAGAGCAACUGUGAAUGGAGCGUACUCUAUGUGACUAUAGCAUCCUUUAUGAUUGUGGUUGCCAUGGCAACAGUUGUCUGGGGGAUGGUGUGUUGCUGCAACAGACGAAAGAGCAAAGUGCGCAGAAGUAAAAGUCGAUAUAAGAUGCUGGAAGCUGAUGAGCAAGACAGUCUGGAGCUUCAGCCGCAGAGAGCCGCCCGUAUGAAGCCUGUCCCAGCCCCCACCUCCUCCGCUCUCAUGCACUCGGACUCUGACCUGGACAGUGAUGACGGGCAUGGCGGGGUCCCGUGGACGGAGCAGGAGCGUGGGCACCUCCUGCGGCCCCAGAACGGCUCCUUGAGGAACGGCCAGGGGCCGGUCAGAGGCAAAAAGCAAAGAGAGGAGCUGCUAUAGCAAGAGAGGAGGGGGGAGCUCACUGCUGCCCUCAUACAUCCCUCCUCCACCCCGCUGUUCCUCACUCUUCCUCUUUUUCUUUUGUUGUUCUUCAACACAAAAACCUCACACCUCUCAUCCAUGAAGACGGACUGCGUGACACCUGGAUUUAAAAAGAGGGAGAGAGGGAAAAACAUGCUGGAAACAUGUUGUCCCACUGGCACAGGAAAAACCACCACUGUUCUGGAAUAUCCCUGAUCCCCACACUGGUCCAAUUUGGAGGGAGAAAACGAAAACAUUCAUGAGAAAUUGAGGAGAGCACUGUGUUUUGUAUAAAAUAUAACAUAGACCCCUAUUAUUUAACACAGAGACAAAAAGAAUGUACUGUCCCCCCUCUGACUGAGCCACACGUUAGUUAGAGGCCGCAGGAGAGAAGACUAGUCUGAGUCACACUUGACUUUCUGGAAAAAAAACAACUGCUUCAAUGACACGAACACCAGCCACUUGACACGCUCACUCCUCGCCUCUUGUAGACGUGCAUGUUCGCACACAUCGUAUUCGCACACAUCGUAUUCACACCAUUCCGGGUCGACCCGGUGCUGCCAAACAGCGCCGUGUUAUCUCUGCUCCGAGGAUUUUGAUCGAGAGUCACGUGAAGGAAAAACAACACAAAAUAUUGUGCAUGACAAGCCAGAUUGCAGUCGUGGUACAAUUUGACUUUGGAAUGACUGCGUGCAUGUUUGUGUGUUGGAUGUAUGUGUGGAUUAAUUUGGCUGCUGUGGCAAAAGACGUGUUCUUCAGCGCUGUUUGUAGGUUUUUUUUUUUUAUGUCUGUGAUGAAGCAAACCCUGGAAGAGUGGCUGUUGUCAGUUAUGGCGGUUUGAGGCAGAUGCUUUUAUUUUGAAGGUUUCACUGUGGAUUAAAUCCCUUGGAACACACACUUACUUACACACACACACACACACUGGAUCACACAAUGGUAAUGAGUUUGCUCUCAGCGGGGGAAGAUAAUGAGGAGAAAGACAUGAAGUUCACAACGGUAAUCGUCCCGACACUGCUUCCUCCCUCAUCUCAGUAUGAAGUCAUGUAACGACUGCUUGAACCUUGAAGACCACUUUGUUUUUUUUGUUUUAAACAAACAACCUUUACGCUGUGAUUAAGUGUCCAUGCACUUUGAUUUCAUGUCAGGUUUAGUCUUAUUUUGUCUCGUUGGUUGAUCUGUGAUGGUUAAAGUUGGAACUUCAGCUGGAAACACAGGCCGCUGCUGCGUUCAGUGGAGAAAACGCUUCAACUAGAUCAGCAUAUUUGAUCUUUAAUCAAACCCGGAUGCAGCUCAUGUUCAGAGGCGUUCUCCGUAAUUAGUUUGUACAUGACCUCCGCCAAGGCCCAACAUUGUUUUAAUCGAGAUCCAUUAAUUAUUUCUCGUGAAAUCAGGGAAAACGUCAAAAAAAGAUUUCAAGAAAAUCAGGUCAGAAGUUCUUCUGUGAUUUUGUUAACAAACAGAAAUGAAAACCUAACUUUCUCGGUGGAGGUUAAUUAUCACUCGGAAAACCACGUUUAUCUUUGAUUUUCUUUCGGUACAUUUUCACUUAGUUUAAUCUGAGGAUAACAAAACAACAUCAGUACAAGUGACACAACCAAGACAAAACAAAUGAUCACUAAUCCUCCGUUUGUUACAAAAAUCAAUGCGUCCUCAUACAAACAUCAAACUGAGCUUAAUCCUAGGAAACAAAUUAUUUCUCCCCACAAACACGACAAGAUCAGGAGGUUAAUCUGAGCGAUGUUUGCUUCUUCUGAGAGGAGCUCAUCGCUACGGGUACACCAGGAGCGGGACACAGGAGGGAGUCUGUAAUAACAGAGAGGAGACAGAAGGAAGAACAACAACGGAGCAGUAAUCAGAGAUGUUUCUGGGCCGAACUGCGCUGAAUGAAAACUUUAACCACGGAACUCAUCUGUAUUACACCUCAGUGUGUGGUGGCUUUGCAUGCAGAAUGUGAAACUGAUCCGCGAGUCCACAUUUUGAGGAACUUUUUCUUUGGUUGUUGAAUGUGGAAAGGGUACAUCCUGUACAAACUGUUCACUCAGUUUAGCUCGUACUCUGUGUGAAAUAAGCAAUCGUGUUCCUUACUGUUCAGUCAUUUCACGCUGAUGUUACUUCUGCUGCCCCUGCUCGGUCUCAGCGUCACACCAGGGCAGAGGUUUAUUAUUAGUGUUAUUAUUUUUAAGGUUUUUCGCCAUUUUUUUUCCAACUUCUGCGAGGCAAAGUAAAUUCAAGUGAAGUGCAAACACUGUAAAAUGUCAUCUUUUCAUACUUUGAAAUCAUUUUAUAUUUGAGCCAUUUCUCUUUUUUUUUGCACGUCAAAUUGAAAUUAUUUUGGUGUCAUUGCCAAGGUUUGAUGUUGAUUCACUCAUUUCCUGUUUAGGCGUUUACCUUUUUCCCAUAAGUUAAAAUAUAUAUUAAAAAAAUUCACCAUCCGAGAAUUCAGCAUUUCUCACAUGUGCAACACUUUCCCGUCACAUUUGGGAUUUGUCGAAGUGAAUUGACCUCGACUCUGAUGGAGUCCACUGUGAAGGCAGACAGAGGAAAAGGUAGCAACUGUUAAAUGAAGGGAAUCUAAUUUAAACAUUUGUUUCACUGAAGGAUUAUUCCUUUUUCUUUCUUUGUGUGACCAGACCUGAUGCAACUGGAUCAUCUGUAAAUGAAAAUAAAAAU